AUGAGAGAAGUCAACUUCAGCAUCCCAAGCGUCAACAAGGCGUCUGUGGGCAUCACCACGGCCCUGUACGACCGACGGGCCCUUGAUUGCACCUCGACCCUCCCCCUGAUAAACUCCCUCAACCAUCUCGCCUAUCUCACCACAUCGUCUGCUCGCAUCCGCGACAUCCUCACCAUAGAUGGAGGGAUUGAACGCCUCGUCUGCAUUCUUAAGCAGGGCCGGAGCAAGGACAUGAUGGGCAUGUGGAAGUGGAACCUCGCCUUCCAGUGCGUGGUCAACAUAGGUGUUCGCGGCACGGAGACGGUCCGCACCAGGGUCGUCGAGGCCGACAUGGUCCCUGUCAUAGCUACCAUUCUCGACAACUACAUCAAGGUCAUUGAAAAUUGCCGCGAAAAGGCCGAGGAGGCCAAGCGAAAGCACAUCAACGACCACCACCAUCGACACCGCUCUCACAUAAAGUCAUCUUCCGCCCACAGCUCUCGCGUCAGUCUCGUCGAGCCCGAAGACGCCGGGUCCACCACCGCCCGACGCCAGACCAUCAGCCACCGGUCUACCCACAGCAGCACCGCCUCAAACAGUGCCGCCGCCAGCUCAUCUGCUGCCGGUCCAUCUACCACUACCCUCAGCAGCCACCGGGGCCACGACGGUGCCUCGCUCGCUUCCCAGAACGGCUCGGGCUCACGCGAAGGCUCUGCUUUCCUCGCACUGCCUCCACCACCCCGUCGUCUUGUCCCAGAGGCUUCUACACGAAGCGUUUCCUCUUCAUCUUCCUCAACCUCCCAGCAGGUCCUCCAGCCUCUGGCUGCCGCUGCUGCCUCAGCUCCCUCCAUGGCCACUGCUGACGGCUUCGUUCGCCCGGCCGUCCGCGACGCUGAUCGCCUAACGACAAUGGCACCCUUCGGCCCUGCCGAUGUUGCCUCGCAACCUACCUCUCCCACAACCCCUGUGCAGCCUCCUCAGCUGCGUUCUCCCGCCUCCAACUCUAGCCCUUCGAACCGCCGUCGCCCCUCGAUCCGACACCAAAACUCCACCACCGUGUCCGAUGACCUCAACGCCGAGGGUGUCACCUCAGACGAUUCUCCAGACGCAGAGAUGACGGAGAAUGGCGAGAUUCAGUCUGCCGUCGGCAUCCAGGACAUCACCAUGGAAGACGGCGAGAGCAUGCUGGCCGAAGCCUCGUCUCUGGACCUUACCACCCCCACCGUCUCUGAGGCCCACCAGGACACCGGUACCUUCAACAUCACCCACCGGAGCCCCGUCGACAGCAGCGUGGCUAACAACACGACGCCGACCCCCGUGCCCCAGAUGGGACUCUCGCCCAAUCGCCCCGCCAUGGUGACGCCUCCCCAGCCGUCGCUGCCCAACUCGACGGUCCCUCGCUAUCUCCUCAACCGUCACUUCGUCCCCAACCCGGAGCUGCUCGCCGUCAUGCCGCGCGAAGAGGACAUUCUAAUGUCCCUGCAGCUCCUGGCCUAUGUUUCCAAGUACUGCAGCCUGCGCUCGUACUUCCAGAAGAGCCACCUGGUACCCAAGCUCAACAUUGACAAGGACCUGGCGGCGGCCAACCGCGACGAGGCAGGCGAGUACGAGGGCGACGAGGACCUGGUAGUCGACGAGGAUGAGGACGAGGAGUACCUCCUCCCCAACGACUUUAACCUAUUCCCGCUAGUGGAGAAGUUCACGGUUCGCUACCACAGCACCGACAUGCAGUACUGGGCGGGCGUGGUGAUGAGGAACCUGUGCCGCAAGGACGACACCCGGGGCGGGAUCCGCCAAUGCGCCUACUAUCAGUGUGGCAAGUGGGAAGAGUACACGCGCCAGUUUGCAAAGUGCCGUCGCUGCCGCCGGACAAAAUACUGCAGCAAGGAGUGCCAGAAGAGCGCCUGGGCCUUUCAUCGGCACUGGUGCGUGGCCGCCUCGUCGCAGUAG